AUGUUUGGCAUCGGCAUGAAGGAGCGCGACGCCGCCGAGGUCACGGUGCCCCAUAUCGACCUCGCCAGCUUCACCGCCCUUAUCGACUACCUCUGCACCGAUGAGCUCGACCUCGGCGAGGAGGAGGGCAGGGCGCAGCGCGCGCUCGACCUGCGGGAGCUGGCGCAGAUGUACCAGGUGCCGCGCCUCGAGCUGCUCUGCGCGCAGGCGCUGCAGGAGAGCGUCGCGCCGGCGACCGCCGUGCCGCUGCUCGAGGCGGCGCACACGAUGGGCGACGGGCGGCUCCUCGCGCAGUGCCGCCGCUUCGUGGCCGACCACGCCGCCGAGGUGCGGGCGAGCGGCGGCGUGGAGCAGCUGCGCGACUUUGGCGUGGCCAAGGGGCUGCUCGGCGACGCGCUCGACCAGGUGGCGGAGCUGAAGGGGACGGUGGCGAAGCUCAAGGGGACGGUGGCGGCGCGCGACGUGGAGCUCGAGAAGGUCCGGGCGGAGGUGGCCGAGCGGGCAUGA